UCUGGGUCGGGUUUUUGCUAAACCCGGAAAUUACCCGGAAGGUCUCGGGUUAUGAAAAUUAGGGACCGGAACAAAACCCAUUAUAUUUGGUCCGAGUCGGGUUUUUGGUAGCCCGGGUUCGGUCCGGGGUCGGGUUGGACCAGUUAAAGCCCGGCCAUGAAAUAUGUCAUUGUUCUUUUAUAUUUUAACACUUAUUUUCAAAUAAAAUCAAUCAAAAAUACAAACCGCAAAUAAUAACACAAAUAUUAGUCUCCAAAAUCACCAACAAUUCAAAUUUAAAGAAGAUAAUUAUCUUAAUAUUUUAUGUAAGAUGUAUAUAUAAAAAUAAUAUAGGUUUCUUAAAAAUAUUACGAAAUAAAUUUUAUAAAUCAAAAAGUUACUAGAGUUGCUAUAAAUAUAUUCUCAUGGUCAUCAUUACGCUAAACAAAUUCAACAUAUUUGUAGUCACUAAAAGUUACUAAAUCUUUUUUUUAUCCACCGUGAUUAUAAUCAUAUAUUAGGAAAUAUUUUAUUAUAUUCAUAUACUAUAUGAAUUUUAUAUUAAAACUAAUUGUUUCGGGUUUUUUCGGUCCGGGCCGGGUUAUAGAUUUUAAGGCCUGUUAAUGAGCCCGGAAUUUUCGGUUCGGUCCGUUUUUUUUUAAUUCGGGCCGGUUAAAAAGAAAAAACCCGGACCGGGAUCAUAAUUCGGGUCGGUCAAGGGUCGAUUUCUGGAUUUCGGUUCGGUUUUUCCCAAAAAUUUUCCUAAAAUUGAAACUAUAUGAUUUUUUUUGGGACGCCAGUCACGCCACAAAAAGAUGAAUGAGAAGAAUGUUAUGAGCGGAAAUGGAUACAAUAAUAAUCACAUAAAUAUUAAAGUGACAUUUUUUAGAAAUUCAUGGUGACGCCAUAUAUAUGAAAGCUUACACAUCAGACCGAAAUUUUCAAUGUAUUGUUAAGGGCCCCAAUGAGAGUAAGUGUUAGGCCCACUUCACAUAACAUGCCAAGUCCAAAGAGUCAUCAGACUUCCCAUCAUGUACCCCCACUAAGAGCAUCUCCAAUGCUAUAAUGUCCACGGUGCACAUGUGGCAUGAUGAUAGCCACAUAAUUAUUAGCAAAUAAAUUAUUUCUCUCCUUAUUUGAAUGAUUUUAUACAAUUUUGGUAAGUUUUUCCCUGCAAUGUCAAUAACAAUGUCAACAUUAGACGGUCUCCUUGACAUUGUGGAGAAAAACUUACCAAAACUGUAUAAAAUCAUUCAAAUAAGGAGAGAAAUAAUUUAUUUACUAAUAUUUAUGUGGUCAUAUCUCAUGCCACGUGUGCACCGUGCACAUUGUACCAUUGAAGAUGCUCUAAAUAAAGCAUUCCCAUGGUACCUGUUCCCUUCCCUUCUCCACCUCUCACCCUUUUCAGCUUAGCACCUCCCAACUUGUUGCGUAUGUAAAGAAUUAAAUAUCACUUUCGCACUGCUUAAAUUUGUUAUUGGCAGCCCAGAUUUCAGAAUCAGAUUCAAUCCAAAGACAGAUAGAUAAGAUGAUGCUUCCAUUUCUAAAGAUCAAGAUUGCCAUUUUACCACCACAACAAAUAAUAAGUUAUAAGUUGUGAGUUCUAAAUCAAGUUUCUCUGUAGUUAGCCCUAAUUAGUAAUUAGAGGAAGUUAGUUUUCUUGGUAAAAUGAAACAGUGUAAAUAAUAACAAUCACUUUCUGUGUUGCGCAAUAAUUCAUGAAAAAAAGAUUUGUUUUUUUAACUGUGAAAUCCAAAAUUUGAAGCUCUCAGACCAACAGAACUUUCAACCUUGUCAAAGAGAGAUGGUUAGGGAAGGCACUUAAGGGAUAGGUGGAAUUGUUUCUUUUUCUUCAUGGAUAUAUAUCUCUUUUAAAUAAAAUAUAUAGAAAAAAGUAAAAUAAAAAUGACUUGUGGCUGCAACUUGCCCCAGCAUUUCUCUUCUUGGUAACCCCACUAUGUUAACCAACCACCCCAACUCUCUCCUCCAGGUUUGUGCUAGGAAUAAUUUUAAAUAAUCGAAAUUCACACAAUAAUUGGCAGAAUAAAAUUAAGCUUUUAUAUAUAUAAUUGAAAAAUAAAAAAAUUAUAAUAUUAUUUUAAUAUUCACAAAUAUCUGAGGGUUAUUCGUAUUUAAAGCAGCAAAUUCAUAUAUUAUUUUAAUAUUCACAAAUAUCUGAGGGUUAUUCGUAUUUAAAGCAGCAAAUUCAUAUAUUUUGAUUAUUAUUUUACAUAAACUACAACAGUAGUGUGAAUAAUAUUUGGGUUGUAAAAUUUUCCAAUGUUAUCUUUAUAGCUUAUUUAUUUAUGGCCUGUAGUUAUUGAAGUAAUGCUGAAAGCAACCAACACUCAGGGGUUUGGAGAGGAUAAGAUUCACUCAUUUCCUUCAUGAGAGAGAGUAUACAAUUUGUGGUCAAGAAAAGCACAAUACUGGGUAUGGUGGGUGCUCUGUAGGUGGUGGGAAGGAAGGAGUGUUUCUGGACACAGGGUUCCUAGAAUAUUGGAGAGAUGACAAGUGUAGUAUGGUUUAGGAGGGAUCUGAGAGUGGAAGACAACCCUGCUUUGGCUGCUGGGGUUAGGGCAGGGGCAGUUGUGGCAGUCUUCAUAUGGGCUCCUGAAGAAGAAGGGCACUAUUUUCCUGGAAGGGUAUCAAGAUGGUGGCUUAAGCAAAGCCUGGCUGAUCUUGACUAUUCUCUGAGGAGCCUUGGGACUACCCUUAUCACUAAGAGAUCCGCAGAUAGUGCUUCUUCUCUCCUUGAAGUUAUCAAAUCCACUGGUGCCACUCAACUAUUCUUCAACCACUUAUAUGAUCCUUUGUCACUUGUUAGGGAUCACCGCACGAAGGAGAUUUUAACUAGCCAAGGGAUAACCGUGCGCUCCUUCAAUGCCGACUUGCUUUAUGAACCAUGGGAAGUUCUUGAUAGUGAAGGACAGCCUUUCACAACCUUCACAGGUUUUUGGGACAGAUGCCUGAGCAUGCCUUAUGAUCCAGAGGCUCCACUUCUUCCUCCUAAAAGGAUCAUUUCUGGUGAUAUCUCCAAAUGCCCUUCAGUAAACUUGGUGUUUGAAGAUGAAUCAGAGAGAGGAAGCAACGCUCUUCUAGCCCGAGGAUGGUCGCCUGGGUGGAGGAAUGCAGAUAAGGCAUUAACAACUUUCAUAAACGGGCCGCUGAUCGAGUACUCAAAGAACCGCUGGAAAGCUGACCGCGCAACAACCUCUUUGCUCUCCCCACACUUACACUUUGGGGAAGUCAGUGUCCGAAAAGUAUUCCAUCUUGUUCGCAUGAAGCAAGUUCUUUGGGCCAAUGAAGGGAACAAAGCGGGUGAAGAGAGUGUUAAUCUAUUCCUUGAGUCUAUCGGGUUGAGGGAGUAUUCAAGAUAUAUAAGCUUUAACCAUCCAUACAGCCACGAAAGGCCGCUUCUCGGUCAUCUAAGGCACUUCCCUUGGGUAAUUAAUGAGGGACACUUUAAGGCGUGGAGGCAAGGGAGGACGGGUUACCCGUUGGUGGAUGCGGGUAUGAGGGAACUGUGGGCCACCGGAUGGUUACAUGAUCGGAUACGGGUUGUGGUUUCGAGUUUCUUUGUGAAGGUUUUGCAGCUUCCAUGGAGAUGGGGAAUGAAGUACUUUUGGGAUACUCUGUUAGAUGCAGACCUUGAGAGUGAUGCUCUUGGUUGGCAAUAUAUCUCUGGUACCCUUCCCGAUGGGCGCGAAUUGGAUCGCAUUGAUAAUCCACAGUUUGAAGGUUACAAGUUUGAUCCGAAUGGGGAGUAUGUACGCCGCUGGCUACCGGAACUUGCUCGGCUUCCCACCGAAUGGAUACACCACCCGUGGGACGCCCCGGAGUCCGUUCUCCAAGCGGCAGGGAUUGAACUCGGAUCAAACUACCCUCUCCCGCUCGUCUGGAUCGAUGCAGCCAAAGUCAGGCUACAAGAGGCCCUCGUCACGAUGUGGCAGCACGAAGCCGCCUCUAGGGCUGCUGUCGAGAACGGUGUCGAGGAAGGACACGGCGACUCCAGUGAAUAUAUCCCGGUUGCCUUCCCUGAGGACAUCAUGCAAACAACCGAUCCGAAUGUUGAGUCCCCGCUCAGAAACAACAACCAAACAGCGACUACUAUAACCCGCGGCGGCGGUUAUCAGGACCAGAUGGUUCCCAGCAUUACUUCUUCUCUUUCUCGGGGUAGUUCGAUGUAUCUCAGAAAUCCAAGCGAGGAUAACCGAGCGGAAGUUCCAAGAAAUGAUAAUCUGACUGAGGAAGAGCCAAGGAGGAGGAACAGGGCGGGACAAACAGGUCCCCCUCAACCACCAAUUAAUGUCCGUCCUAGGAGGAAUUCUGAAGACUCCUCCACGGCUGAUUCUUCCAACAGCAGCCGUGGCGUGGUUCCUGUGUGGUCCCCGCCGAGUAGUAAUUACUCGGCAAGCGAUGAUAAUGUCACCACCAGUUCAUCUUAUUUGCAAAGGCCACACCGUCAGCUAAUGAACUGGAAUCGGCAACGGCUGUCUCAGACAGGUUUCCCCUGAAUCUUUGGUAAUCUCUAGUUUCUUCAACUUGAUGAUAGCAGGUGAUGGUUUACAAGAUAUGAUGAUCAAGAUUUGAGGUUAACAAGAUCUAGGUACUGUAAUUCUAAUUAAGCCGAUCAACGAUCAAUGCAUGUAUGUGUGUGUAUUAGCUGAUGAUUAGAAUGGAUGAGGCGAUUCUUUUUCUUUUACUCGUUCCUUUUGUUGUAUCAUAUGGUAGAAAUGAUGUUCUACAACUGAACAGUAUACACAUUUUGUAAGGGCGAAUAAUCUUCACAUUGGCUGCAAGUCAUGUCAUAAACCCUGCUUUGUGCCUCUCUUCAUUCUUGUCUUGAUUGCUGCAUAUGUUUUGUUUAACCCAUGUACACAAAUACUUCUAUUGCGUGAUUUGUAUGUAAUUAGUCAAAAAUUGUAUGGACACAGAGCAUUGUUGCUUUUUGAACCGUUGGAUUGCAUCCAUC